UCCGUGACACCUUGGUUUCCAUGGGGCUGCUGACAACAACCGCUGCCUUUCUGUCCGCUAACUAGCAAGGAUAAACAUUAAAAAGCCCAAGUAAUAAGUUUAACAGACAAUUGCCCUUAUUAUUAGUAAAUAGGUGUCUGUCAUCGGCCGCAGUAAGUCGGUUGAAACUAAGUUUUCUUUGCAGUUUGGAUUUCUCAAGCGUCGACGUCAGAGAGCUACCGUAGUUAGCCAGCCGUUAGCCACCGGCUAAUCCAGACAAGAAGACUUACUGUAAGCAAGUUUUGUGUUCUUCAAGAUGAGUGAACAGCUGAAAUUCAUCGUUGAACAGCUUAACAGGGAGCCAUUCAGGAAAAACUUUAACCUCAUCACGUUUGACUCCCUCGAGCCGAUGCAGCUGCUGCAGAUAUUAAAUGAUGUUCUGGCUGAAAUAGAUCCAAAGCAAGCAAUAGAUAUCCGUGAAGAAACUCCUGAACACACCAUAAAGAGAAUGUGUGCUCUGCUGGGGAUGCUGAAAUAUAAACCUCCUGGCAACUCCUCUGAUGUGAGCAGCUUCAGACAAGGUUUGGUGACAGCCAGCAAGCCCGUGGUCCACCCUAUCCUCCACUGGCUUCUACAGAGGGUCCCUGAACUCAAGAAAAGGGCUUAUCUGGCUCGCUUUCUAGUCAAACUGGAGGUGCCUGCAGAGUUUCUGCAGGACGAUCUUAUCAAUGAAACUUCUCAAAAGUAUGAAGAGCUGGUGGAGGAAUUUAAGAAUAAUCACAAGGAGUGUGAGCUGCUGAGGACGUCAGGCUUCUCCACAGCUGAGAUCCGAAGGGACAUUAGUGCAAUGGAAGAAGAGAAAGACCAACUAAUCAAACGUGUGGAGAGGCUGAAGAGGAGGGUGGAGUCAGUGUCCAACCAUCAACGGAUGCUGGAGCAGGCCAGACAGCUGCGGGUGGAGAAGGAGAGAGAGGAGUCACUGACUCACCAGAAGCAAGAACAGAAGAACCAACUGUUCCAGGCAGAGCAGAGACUGCAGAGAUCCCAGCAGCAGUUGAAGGAUUUGCGACAGGCAGCAGCAGAUGCCAAUCCAGAGAGCUUAACGAAGAGGCUUGAAGAGGAGAUCAAGAUCAACUCCUACAUGGUCUCUGAGAAACUCCCCAAAGAGCUGGAGGGUAUGAGGCGUACAGUGCAGUACCUGCAGAAAAUAGCAGCAGAGCCUGCCAUGGGCCAGGCCGAUCUCCAGGAGCUGGAGGACAAGAUUAAAGAAGUGGAUUCUCAGAUAAACCAUCUGAUUGAGAAGAGGAUGAUGAGAAAUGACCCCAUAGAUGACCCAAUUGCCGUGUUCAGACAACAGGCUUCCAUCAUCAUGCGACGGAAGGAGUCAAAGGCAGAGGAGCUUCAGGCGGCGAGGGAGGAGCUGGCCGCUGCAGAGAGGGAGCUGAGGCAGAGGAGCAGCCAGGCACAAGGCACCGAUGGGGGAGAGAUCAUUCGUGGUGAUGAGCUGAAACGUUUGGUGGGGAAAUUGCGCAGCAAGGGAACAGUAUACAAGAAGAAACGGCAGGAAAUGGCUGAGCUGAAAGCAGAAUAUGGAGUCCUGCAACGAACAGAGGAGAUUCUCAAACAGAGACAUGAGAUCGUCCAACAGAAACUGCAAACCAUGGAAGCGGAGAAGGGCAUCUCUGGCUACAGUGACACUCAGGAGGAACUGGAGAGGGUGUCGGCCAUCAAGAGCGAGCUGGAUGAGAAGAAGGGCCGCACACUGGACGACAUGUCUGAAAUGGUGAAGAAGUUAAACUCUAUGAUAGGGAAGAAGAGAUCGGCUCUAGCACCCAUUAUAAAAGAACUGAGAUCACUGAGACAGCAGUGUCAGGAACUAAGCCAGGAAUAUGAGGAAAAGAAGACGCAAUAUGAAAGUUGCACUGCUGGUUUGGAGAGCAACAGAUCUAAACUGGAGCAGGAGGUGAAAGCGUUAAGAGAGGAGACAGCGCAGGAGGAAAACCAAUAUCAUUAUAUCAACUCCAUGUCAGAGAUCAUUGAGAUGCAAAUACAGCGGGCGACUGAAGAGAUGAAGGCCUACGUGUCCUCUGAUCCACAAGAGAGGAAGAAGGCCAUCAGGGAAGUGUAUAUGAAGAACAUUUCAGAACAGGAGUUACUUGGCAAGAAGUUACGUGAGAAGCAGAAGAUGGUGAGGGAGAGCCACGGCACCAACAUGGAGCAGAUGAAGAUGUGGUGUGACCUGGAGGAGCUGAUGGAGUGCAAGAAGCAGUGCUUCAUAAGAGCUCAGAGCCAGGCAUCUAUUGGUCAGGUCAUCCAGGAAGGAGGAGAGGAUAGGCUGGUGCUGUGAGGACACGUCAAGGCAGGGUCAAUUGCAAUUCACCUACAGUACAUUCACGUAGAGUUUAACUUGGAAAUAACCGUCAUCAAUUACUCAUUGUAUGUUCAUUUGAAAUUGUGAAGGAAAUUUUGUUUUAAUCGUAUGUCUUCAUGGGUAACAGAGAAUCCAAAGAAAGGGUGAACAUUCUUCACGAAUUGAAGGAUGCAUUCGAAAAUACUCUAAGAGCCAGAGCGCACUCUGGCGCAAACUGGACGGUUUGUGAAUUUGUUGCACUGUUUGGGAUAUGCCCUUCACUUAUCCAGAGCACAGCACUUUUGGAGUGGCAGAUCAUACUCUGGGCACUCUGUCUGUAGAGACGGAGCAGCAGAGCGCUGAACACAGUUAAUGUGUGAUUAACUACACCGUUUGUUCAUUCAUGUAGAAAUAGAACUCUCUGUUUCUUCAAACACCAGCGCUCUCAUUUUUAGUGAAGAGCAUCAGAUUACUUUUGUGGAUACACCCAAAAUAAAUGGGGACCGGGUUUAACAACAGCAAAACUAUAUCAAAACACCCAUUAAUCCAAGUCUCAUUUAUCCCGUAUGCUUAAUACCUCCCACAUGCAUUUUUGCUGAAACAUCAGUACAAACAGUGUCAUGCAUGGUGAAGUAACCUGUCAGAGUGUGUAUGCAUUUUAACUCAGGUGUAUGUGUGUGCUCAGGCACGCUUGAGGGGUGGGGCGCUACUUGUAGGCGGAAAUAUUUGAUAUGGUACCAUUUUAGCAAAAAUGCAUGUGUUUUUGUGUGUUAUAUAGUUUUGCUGUAGUUAAACGUGGACCAUGUUUACCUCAGUUCGUUGAGAAUGUUUGCCCUUUUUUGGAGGCAGGAAAGAAAAAAGAUUUCUUCUUGAAUUCUACGCAACAUAUGGUGAGUAAAUAAUGCAGUUGGUCAUUUAACAGGUGAGGUAUUCCUUUAGUAUUCUCUAUCUCCCUGUAACAUGUCUAAAUCUUUUUUACAAUGUAGUUGUUAUUUGAUAAUGGACACUAUAGCACACGCUUUGUUUCAUUGUUUAGGGAGUUCAUCUUUCCCUACACCUUGUCUGUUACACACUGCCAGUCAUGUUUCACUUGAUAGUUUAUCUUUUGUAAUCACCGCACCUCUAACAUCUUUCUGAUGACACAGUUUAAAAUCCCUUGAGAAUCCAAAAAUUAACAGAGCGCAUGUAUCAGGACGUGUAGCAGGACUGAUAUUUUCACUUCCUCUGGCCCCUGGAGACUCAAACAUUUUUAAGAAUACGCUUUCAAUAUAAGUGUCCAAAGAUAACAGCAUACAAAGUGGAGCACUUGGGAUGUGGCCCCGGUCAACUAUUUUUGGCAUGGACUACCAUGACCUUGGACAGGGUGUCUUGCCAAUUUUGGAAUUCACUGGGACGUCCAUUGCUUUGAACAGUGCUGAUAAAAUAGUCAUAUCAUUCUGCCUCUUUAUACUGUAUAUCAUAACAUACACUAUUUUUCUGUAAUAGAUCUUGAUUUCAAGAUAACCUUUGAUAUUUAAAACAUGCAUAGUUAGAUAUUUUGGAUGUCUAUGUAUUUUGAUUAAAUGUUUUUUAUAUA